UUAUUCCUCCUUUCUCCACAUGAUGGAUACAUUCUUUUGUAAUACUUAUGAACAAAAUCACGCCCCUUUCGAUCAUCAGGAUGAUGUUGUUGAUAUUUAUGAUCAUGAUCAUCAUCAUGCUGGUGAUCAUGAAGAAGAGAGUGGAUGGACAACUUAUCUCGACGAUUUCUCAAAUCAAUACAGAACUCAUUGUGAAGACAGCGAUCAUCAAGACAAGAGUUCUUGUUCGCUCCUUGGUGUGUCUUCUUCUCUGAUCUCCGACGCCGCCACUGACGCCUUUUCCGGCCGGAACUUUCCAGUUAAUUUUCCUGCCAAGUUGAAGUUUGGGAAAGCAAGAACCAAAAUGAUUUGUGAGGAUGACUCUCUAGAGGACACGGCUAGCUCUCCGGUUAAUAGCCCUAAGGUCAGUCAGGUUGAACAUAUUCAGACGCUUCCUAGAAAAACUGAGGACUAUGUCUCUUCUAGUUUCGUUAUGAGAACUACGAGAGGCAUGGUGGAUAAUCAGAUCCAAAUCCAAGAAGGGUAUGAACAAAGUACGACGAUGACGACAAAUCUUGGAGAAGGAAACAUCAACAGCAAUAACAACAAUAUGGACUUGAGGAAUAGAGGAUUAUGUGUCGUUCCUAUUUCCAUGUUGGCUAACUUUAAUGGUCGCUUCUGAAUGAUAAUCAAUUCUAAUUUAAACACCCUUGUGAACUUGGUGGUGUUUAUAUAUGUACCCGUCUUGAAUAUAUUUGCUUGACGUGGGUACAUCGUGGUGUGUAAGUGAUUAAUUAUAUAUGUAUAGUUUGUGUAAAUAUAUGUAAGCGCAUAUCGGUGGGAUAUUUGUAAAUCCUACAACGAAUAUGUUUGUAAGCAUUUCAAAGAGCUACCAUUUCAUA